UAUAGACAGACCAUAAGCAUUUGCGGUAUUCUAUUGGCUCGGUUCGAUACGCAUGUGACACCAUGCCAGCUGGGCAUUGUUGCGCUGGGGUAAUUAUUGCUAUCGUUGCCCGCAUGCUACCCCUUCCAACCCGUCCGGGACAGCAUCAUGGUCAAAGAGUUGCAUAUGAUAGCGGCGAUGAAGGAUCCCGGCCGACCUGACUGAAAUGGCCGAUCAACAGCAUUGUAAAAGCUCCUCUAGAUUUCACGUGCAAUAUCGGGCCCUAGACACGAGCAACAAAGAGAUUCGUCUAGUCGAGGUAGAGCCUCUCAGACCCGAGGACUUUGUUUCAGACUCUGGUCGUCGACGACCAGUGGUGCGAUGCCGCUUGAAGCAUUGUAGCCUGAACGACUGGCCUUGCCACUAUGCAGCGCUAUCCUACGCUUGGGGGGACCCUUGCGUGACGAAGGCCAUCUAUCUAGACGGUCUAGAGAUCCAGGUCACCGAAAACCUGGAGUCGGCCUUGAGACACCUGGCAGCCGCGCGGUGGAACGACACAGAGUUAGGCCCGACGCUAUGGGUCGACGCUAUCUGCAUCGACCAACGCAACGAGGCAGAAAGAACGCAGCAAGUCUCCCUGAUGAAAGACAUCUUCCGGAAUGCGCACCAGACGUUCCUGUGGCUGGGCCCCGCGAGCGACGACAGCAGCCUCGCCAUGGACACCCUGCGCCAGAUGAGCCGCGCAUCCAGCUUCGUCGGCUCCCAUUUCAACUCGUGGUCCAAGUUCCCGUUCACAAGUGUAGCGUCUGACCCUCUGGUGACUGCCAUACGAGACAUCCUCGACAACAACCUCGCCAGGCUUUGUCUGGACGACUUUGCCAGGUUGGGAGCCGUAAGCUCCCUAUUCAACAGACCGUGGUUCCGUCGGGUCUGGGUCAUCCAGGAGCGGGUGCUGUCGCUGAACUGUGUCGUCUGCUGCGGUCGAGAGUGGAUUACGUGGGAGGGGUUCCGUGAGGCGUUCUGGCUGUUGUGUGGCAUACGCGACUACCUCAAUAUCGUCGGCAGUGGUACGGGGAGGCUGGAUAGCUCGGCGCUCGCGACGUUCCUCACGAAGGCUCUGAACAAAGCGAUACCCGUUUCUUUCACGAGACCCAACUCUUCCCUGCUGGUCCUCUUUUCUCUGCUCUCCGGGAUGGCCACCGGGGCCCAGCUCCAAGCCUCGGACCGUCGCGACUACGUAUUUGCAAUCCUGGGCCUGGUCGACCUGGAUCGAAGCCCACUGAUCCUGGCUGAUUACACCAAAGACUGGGCCACUGUCAGGAUCGAAGUUGCUAGAGCAUGCCUGAUGUACUAUGGGCCAGGCUUCUUGUCUUUCGCGGGCCCCGGUGAACAUGCCCAGGAUCCUGCCUCGGUGGAGCAAAACGUCCCGUCUUGGGCACCGGACUGGUCGUCGGCAAAUCUGCCUCAGCCUUUGGCCAUACCUUCCAUGUUUGUGGUCAGGGGCGAGAACAGAGUAUGCGCCUACUCAACAAUGCCGGAUUCUACCCAGAGCCUCUCGCGGGCCUUCUCCGCCGAUAACCGGCUGUCAUUGGACGCUCUACGGCUGGACGAUGUCGCGAGACUGGGAGACCCGUUCCCCGAGACGGACGACUUUGCCGACGACACAGCUCGCGUCGCCGCUCUCGGGCUCUGGCUCCAAGAUCUCGAGGCCGUGAUGCCGUGCAUCAGCCAGGUGUAUCGGACCACAGAAGAGCUCAACGAGGCCUUUUGGAGGACUCCGAUCGCAGACCGCGCGUUUGCUUACAACUGGGAGACGGAAAGAGCAUCGAAGGAGACCCUCUCGGCGUACCGUGCCCUUAGAGCUGGCGAGGUUGCCGAGGGCGUGAAGUAUGCCAACAUUGCCAGCAUCAAACUCCUUCGGAGACGCCCUUUCGUGUGCUCCAGCGGGCUUGUCGGUCUUGGGCCCAUAGGGAUGGCCCUUGGCGACUCUGUGUGGACUGUUCCAGGUGCCAAAGUGCCCUUGGUGUUCCGCUCAGCUCGCACCAGUGGCUUCCUGGUUGUGGGCGAAGCCUACGUGCAUGGUAUCAUGGAUGGUGAACUUCGGCAUGUAUGUCCAACGGCCGAGCUUCAAACUGUAGAGCUUGUUUGAGGAUAAAGGCACGUCAUCGAGACUUUCUUCUCCGAUACAGUUGAAGUCGUGGGUUUCGGCACGAGAACUCUUCGCCCGAGACAUGCAGCACAUUCAGGCCAAGGCAGUUAAGGGCUACGUAGUUCGUGCCCGGCAUAGAAGACCGAUCCAGAAGGAAAACUCUAUAUACGAAAUGAUUGCAAGAAAGGGGAGGGUUCUUACAUACGCUUGAUACAAUAAUGAGCAUUCAACACCUU